AUGAAACUCCUUCUACUUCUGGCUCUUCUAUUUAGCACAGUUUCUGCUCUUCAUCUGAGGACUGAAACUUACAACUUUGAGAGCCCUUUGGGAGAUAAGACCCUUCCUGAGGGUAGGGAGAUACCAGAACCAGAAGCUGAGGAGGCCCCACCUGGGGAGCUGAUGUCGUUGGAGGAAGAGGAGGAGGGAGGCUCUGGAAGCGAUGGUGCCCCUGAGGAAGAGGGGGCUGUUGAAUUGGUCUCAGGCCUGGAUGUGGAAGACAAGGGCCUUCAAUGCCCUAAGGAAGAGGACACAGUAAAACUGGUGGGCAGCCCUGGAUUCAAGACCCGCCGUGGCUACCUCCUGGUGAGGAGCCCCAGGACGUUUGAUCAAGCUCAGUGGACUUGCCAGAAGUGCUACCGGGGCAACCUUGUCUCCAUCCACAACUCCGCCUUUAAUUACCGGAUCCAAUGUGCAGUCCGUGGGGUCAACCAGGGUCAAAUCUGGAUCGGACUCCAGGUCAUAGGCUCGGGUCGCAGCAGACGCUUUCGUUGGGUUGAUGGCAGCUCCUGGAAUUAUGCGUACUGGGCUGCCGGCCAGCCUCAGGCCAACACGGGCCAUUGCGUGACUCUGUGUACCCAAGGGGGCCACUGGCGCCGAGCUCACUGCAGCAGGAACCUCUCCUUUGUCUGCUCCUCCUGA